ACAAAAAUAUAUUUUUUGUUAAAUGUCCGAAUAUUAAUGCAAAUCACUAUAUACAUAUAUAAAAUUGUAUAAUUGUUCUAAUUACUUCGCAAACUGUGCUAUUUGUAUAAGGUUGCCAAUUUGGACGGUUCAUUAAUAAAAUCCAUUUUGCACGCCUUUUUGGUUCUUUUGAAAAUUUAAACAAUAUAAGGCCUUGCUUUUUCUUUACAUUACAGCCACUAACUGAACAGUGCCUUAUCUGAAAUAGAUAUAAUAAACGAAUUAUAAUAAGAAUUCGACACGGAUGAAAAGAUUAUGCUGCAUAUAUGGUGCAGGGCACAAAUAAGCAACCCACAAUGUCAGUAAAGUCCUCUGCAGUUAUUUAACAACACAGAAAAGAUAUUUCUACUUACCUUGAUCACAAGAAAUAAUAAUAUAUAUGCAUUUAUAAACUUUAGUCAACACUGUCAGUUGUAUAAUGCGGGCAUUCCCACUCUGCCGCCGCCGCCAUCUUGUGAUCGUACGCCCUGCUGUCUAUUGGUCUAUAAACGACCAAUCAGAAGGAGGAACAAGUUUGCGUCUCUCUACUAAUAUAGGACCACGGUCGUGAAUACAGGUCUGGAAACUCUAGUAGUGGGGGGUGACUCGCUUAGUGAAGUCAUUUUAUGUAGUUGACACUAUCACCACCUGGAGCGCUGAAGGUUAGAGAUUUUUUAAAUAACGCAAAUACAUAUUUAAAUUGACAUAUAACAUAUGACAUAUAACAUAUGUCAUAUAUUAUAUAUAACAUAUUACAUAUUGACAUAUUGAAUGAACGAACGUACGAAGUUCUAGAAAGUGAUUAAAUUGACAACGAAAUUAAUGAUAUUGUGUCGUGCCAAAUUGCAAUCUGUUAAAUUGCUGCAGCAGCUUUUAGCGUCAUUAGUAGAAUUAGGUUUAUAUUCAUUUGAAGUAGCUAGCCUUUGCUGUGAUACAAUCCAAGCCUUGACCAUGCACAUUCACAAAGAAGUUACGCAAGGACGGCGGUGCAAAGACAUAAUGGCACCCUUUGAACUUGCUGAUAAGUCUCAUUUUGUCACAUUAAAUGGAUUCAGAUCUGAUCUCGAACGUCAGUACGCCUCUUUACCAUCUCAUAUAUUGCUAUCAAGAACAAUAUCAGCAACUUGUACAGAAUAUUGUAUCCAGUCAAACGGAUCCACAAAUAGCACAAAGAUUAGCGAAUGGCAUUCAACGAGCUAACGACGGAUAUAGACUUUAGUAUGGACUUGAAUAACCGUCCUCAGAGAUUGAAGUUUAAAAGUAAUUUAAAUAAAUUUGUCGUGAACAUACAAGGAUUCUUAAUGGUUAAGUAAAAUAGAAAUUAAAAUGUAAAUAAACAAAAAUAAAAUCAUUAUUUAAACAA